AUGUGGAAGAAGGUAUUCGCUUCUCUGCUGUUCAACCAGCAGUGUUCCACCGGCGCCCUGACUGCUCGUUUGUCACGCCCAUUCUUUGGCUUUCUGUUCUCAUGGGCUUCUCAGCCUGUGGGUGAAGACGUCGGGGACAAGCGCUUUGCCGCCUCCCUCCGGCCAGGACUCUUUUCCUGCCUGUCUCCUGCACUGGACCAUGCAGGUGAAGUCCCAAAGCAGAGAUCCUGGAACUGGCAUUUAGAACCUGAACUGUGGGCAAGAUCACUUCGACAGCAGUUGAAUGUCCAACUUCUCUCGCCCCUGGGAGAGAAGAGGGCAGGUUUGUCUCUUGAUGCAGUGUCAUCAGAUACCCUUGAAUCUUGGCACUCUGCUUGUAGCCUGGACAGCACAGGGCAGUCUGGGACCUACCAGACAAAACAGAGGAAAUUCCUGAUGGCAGCGACUGACUUGGAGCAGCCUACAGUGCUUAAGCUACUGCUAGCUGAGCUCCAAACUCUAUUCUCGGCUGUGCUGCAGGACCACAGCCCUGCAGCUUGGCGCUACCUGCAUGCAGUGCUGGGUCUCCUGCCUCCAUAUCGUGAGUUGCUAGUCGGUCACCUCGAUUUGCUGCCCUUCCUGGAGCAGCUGUACUGCUGGGCACCCUGGGUCCAAACCCAACUCCAGCUGGACCUGCUAAGUGCCAUAGACCACGCCUUUCCCCCAGACAGCUCUUUGUUAUGCAGUGCGUCCCAUGUUGACUGCCACCCCCAGAAGAAGAGGUUUCAUCGAAGCCCACCAUGCCCAGCCUGUCCUUUUGUGCUGGCCCAGUGGGGUGGGCAGCAAGUAAGGCAGGAAUUGGCCACAUGGCUGCGACCAUUGACAUUGCCUGAGCUACAGCACUGCCUGGGCAUUGUCGGCGCUGAGGUGGCCCUAGAAGAGACCCAAUGGCUAGAUGGUCUCAGUCUCCUACCAUUGGCACUGGCUACAGACAUCCCUGUACAGUAUAAAAGCAGUGACACUGACAACGUAGAAGAGGAGCCCAUCAGAAGCAAAGAAGCUACGAUUCAGUUUGACUAUAAAGUUUCUGAAGAGAGGCCCUUCCAAAAGCGAAGUAGUAGUUCCUCACCUGAAGUGUUCUUCUCUGGUAGCCAGCCAUUGAACGUUCUGAAUACAGACAAAUACCUGAAGAAGAUCUACUUCUUCUACCUGAAUGUGGCUCCCAGUCGGUACUUCAGGCCCUAUGACCUGGUGGUGGUGCCACCAAAAAGGGUGAAUCCUGAGCACUACGUCUUCUCUCCCUUUGGGAUCCUGCAUGUACAUCCUGUGGAGGGCAGUGAGGUUAUGACGCUGGGUGCCUGGCACCACCAGACUGUUCUCUGGCAACAGCUGCAGCUCAUUCCAUUCUUUAAAUACUGCCUUGUACGCAAGGCCUUCACCUGUUGGAGGAAGACCAUGAAGUGGCAGGGGCUGUGUCGGCUCCGGACUUUCCUAGGGAAUCACCUGCUCCUGGCUGUGCCCCACUUUGGAGCUGGGCUUCUCCAUAUUAACAGGCUUCUGCAGGAGCUACACUCUGUGUCCUGGCUACCCCAGGAGCCGGAUCAGUGCUAUGAGCUACUGGAUCUGAAGAAGGCUCUAUUCAAGGAGAACAGAAAGGCUCUACAGUUGCUCCAUCGCUGUGUGAACCUCUGUGCAUCCAUUAUUCAUCUGGUUCACGAGGACACAUACCACAUGCAGCAGGGCCUGCAGGAACGAGUACAGAACUGCAACCGGAUCCGGGCAGGCCAAGGGUCCCUGUACCUGCUGAAGGUGCAGCGCCAGCAGCUGGAGGAGAAGCUGAAGCAGGCAGAGGCCUGGUUGCUGCAGUUGGGAAAGUUUGCCCGCCUGGUCAACUACAUGAUUUGCCAGAACCUUGUUACAAUCUUGGAAGAUGAAAUAAGCUCUUUUGUGGCCAACGUCCUGCAAGCUCAAAGGCAAAAACCUUUUCUUUCAUCACGGCUGGUCUGUGGUGAUUGUUGCCAGCUCGCUUCUGUGCCCAAUAUUGAACAUAUGACUGAGGUUCUAUCUGAGGGCCUACAUUCCAUCAAGACUUCUGCCCUAAAGCUAAUGCAAUCUGUGGACAAGAAGACCUUGAGGGAUUCCCUGUAUCUUGAAGAAGAUGAAGAGGACAGUUCAGACCCGGAAUUCCUGAUGCCCAAGAUUCAGGGCCAGCCCAGUGAUGCAGUUCGCAUCUUCUGUGGCCCAAAUGUAGGACUGGUGUGGCCCUGGAAGUCUCACCCAAUUACUGGUGUCCUAGAGGUCCAUGGGUACCGGCUUCGGGGCCAGUACUUGCCACCCAAUUACAGUCAGCUUCAGGAGAACUUGGACAACAGCCUUCGAAUCCAGCAGGCACUGACUGUUCAACAGGCCCUGCUGGAGGGCAUGAUGCAGGAGGUGCAGGAAUUCUGCAGAGAACAUCACUGGAUAACAGACUUUUGUGAGUACCUGCAAGCCUGGGGGCCUCCGAAACUGGAGGACCUGAGAGGAUGCCCCAUCAGGAAGUAUGUAAUGGUGGUGAGCCAGCUGGGCGCUUGGCAGGCCCGCCUCUCCAGCAUGCCAGGCGAGCUGCUGACGGAAGGCAAGCUGCUGCUACUGAGUUGCCGGGAGACACAGGCAGAGCUGGAGUCCAAGCUGGACAGCGUGAAGAAGGAUAUUCUUACACAAGUACAGAAUGAAUGCUUGAGCCGUAGCCAGCAACUAAUGACAGAGCUCACAGAUUUCAUUCAGGUCUUCCAAACCAUCAGUACAGACAUUCAUUCCAUUGCACAGUGCUCCCAGAAGUUGAAGGAAGCCAAUGAGCAGUACCUCCAACUGGAGGAGCAAGUAGAAUACAUCCGUUCACUCCAGGAAUUCAUCCGCAGCUACUUUAACGUCUUUACUGCCGAGAGUGAGGCCCUGGAAAUCUUGCUUGUGGACACGUGGGAAACAUUUCAGCUUGAGAAAACCCAGGCCUCUGAGUUCCUGCUCAGCAAGCAGUAUGCCAUCGUGCCCAAGCUGCAGCAGAUGAUGGCAACAGCAUUGGCUGAGCUGGAAGGCCUGCUUAAGAAGGCCCUGUCUGGUCCCUUCAUGGACCCCACACAAGAGCAGAGGAGCACUGAAAGCAAGCUUGUCUCCAUAGAACAUCAGUUCAAGAACACGGCCAGCCACCUCUGUGAACUACACCAUACUUACGUCACCUUUACUGGAGAUGAGAGUCCUGUGCCCUUGCCAGUCUGUGGCACGCGUCCUAUCGUGCUGCAGCAACACAUCUGGCACCUGUACCGAGUCAUCUCUGAAACUUUCAGCGAAUGGAAGUGCAUAGCUUUUGUCAAGUUCAGCCUGCCUGUGGCCCAGGAGAAGACAGAUGGCUGGUUGGCAGAGGCGGCUCAGAUGAACGCAGCUCUAGGGGUGCACAGCCCAGUGCUACAGUGCUGCAUUCGCAUGCUGAAAGAGUUUCGAAGCUACCUGCCCUUGCUCGUUAAGCUGGGCAGCUUCCAAAGGCAUAACCUUAGUUACCAGUCCCUCCUAAGAGCCAUAGGGCUAAGCAAUCUCCAAAAUAUGGAACUCCUGACACUGGGUCAGCUGCUCACUUGUCCACUGCUGGAGUUUGCGGAUCGAAUCAAUCAGGUCUGGCAGUGUGAGUAUGAACGAGUCCGUGCCCAGGAGAACCUACAACGGCUGCAGCAGGACUGGGAAUCGCGCCGGCUGCGUCUGCUCAACUUCAUCCUUCAUGUACCUUACGAGUCAUCAGCCUCUGAGCACUGUAAGAAGCAGACAGUGUCUGGCCCCCAGUGGCAAGUGGUGAGCAAGGAUAGUGGCACCUUCAUCCUCUCAGACUACAACAGUUUACAAGAUUCCAUCCAGAAAAGUCUUCAGGUGUUGUUCAAGGUCCUUGCCAUCCAAAAGUCAGGAGACUUACACAAAACAGCGUUGGAGUGGGUGACCAUCAUGCAAGCCUUGGGUGCCCUGCUGGAGGUGUGGAUGGCUUUCCAGCAGAAAUGGAUUUUUCUAAAUAAAGUUCUACAUGAGAUGAAGAUCCAGUUUCCUAGUGCUGAGCUGCACACUCGUUUCAAGGCUUUGGAUGAUCAGUAUCGGAUGCUGAUGCGCAUCUCUGUAGCUGACCCAAUGGUUCUGUCACUUAUAAUGCCCAGUGCCAAGAGAAGCCCUUACUUUCAAGGUCAGCAGCUACAACAGAUGCUGCAAGCAGGAUCAGUGGAGCUGGAGGGCAUUGUCAUGGCUCUGGAGGCUGUGCUCUACGGCGUGUGUGCCCACUUCCCCCGCCUCUUCUUCCUCAGUGACAGUGAGCUGGUGGCCCUGCUAGCUGCCUCUCCAGAGCCUUGUGAGGCUGAGUUAUGGGCUCAGCGCUGCUUUCCUUAUGUACAUACUGUGCGCUUCAAGUCCAACACAACUAAUGAGAAAAACAUGGAUGGCCGAGAGUCAAGCCCAAACAGAUGUACUCAGGUGGAGGCACUUGCUGUGCUAGGGGAAGGAGGGGAGGAGGUGAGGCUUCAGGGACCUCUUCUUUUACAUUCAGAUCUCCCCAAGUGGCUGGCCUCUCUGGAGAACUGUCUGCGCUUGGCACUUGUGUGCAUGUUGCAGGACUGUGUGGCAGCCCGUCUUACAGUGAAACCUUCCAUAGGUGAGACCUUUAAGAAGUUGCCUCAGCAAAGCCAGUUGCAUCUACCACUAAAUGUCCAGCACUGGCUAGAGUUAGUUCAAGUCUUCCCAUGGCAGUGUAUAAUGGUAGCAGAGGAAGUGGUGUGGCGGGUUGAGAUGGAGGAGGCUCUUCUUGAGUUGGGUACCCUGGCCACGACCUCCAGGCAUAUACACAAACUUGCGGUACUGGUACAAUUUAUGCAAGCCCAGAGGAGCUCCCAAGGAGGGCAGCCCCUCCUCUCUGUCCGCCAGGCCAGCCUUCUCAGCGCUCUGCUGGUUAUGGCAGUGACCCACCGGGAUAUAGCACAGCUGCUGGAGAAGCAUCAGGUCAGUGAUCUGACAGACUUCCAUUGGGCUCGCCAACUCAAGUAUCACCUGGGUCCACCUCAUUUGCAUCCCCAAAGCCCUCUGCAGAACCUUAAGACUGUUGUAUCCACCGAGCGCUCCCUACCACCAGCUGCAUGCUGGAUAGAUGUGCUGGGUAGGUCUUUUCUAUAUAACUUUGAGUACCUGGGUCCCAGACUGGGGCCUCUACCUAGCCUGCUACUUGAGCGGCCAGUGCUGAUUCUGUUAUUGGCCCUAGAGGAGGUGGCUUGUGGGACCCUAGUGGGUCCUGAUGGUGUAGGCAAGAAAAGUAUGGUGAACAGCCUGGCACGGGCUCUGGGUCGCCAGCUGGUGAUGAUGCCAUGCUUGCCUCAAAUACAGGCCCGAUGCCUGAGCAAUUACCUGCAGGGAGCCCUGCAGGGUGGUGCCUGGUUGUUGUUGGUGGGAGUUCAUCUCCUACCCCCUGGCUUGCUGUCUGCCCUAGGCCAGUGCUUGGCUGAACUGCACUGCCUGUAUGCCCCACUGCACCUGAAGGCUUCUCAAAGCAUCAGCACCAUGGACCCCACCAAGCCCCAGAUCCUUGGCAGUGGCUUGUUUGAGAAACAUCAUGUGUCUGUACGUCUGGGCUAUGGCUGUCUCCUGACACUGCGAGCCCUGAGCGCUGCUGUGCCUGCCAACUUGCAUCUGCUGCUGCGGCCCGUGGCACUGGCACUGCCUGACUUGCAGCAAGUGGCAGAGCUGACUCUACUUGGUGCAGGUGUACAGGAUGCCGCUAGCAUGGCUACCCGUCUAUCUAAAUUCUUCUCUCUAGAGCGUGAGCUGGUGUCUGGGUCCCUGCCCUGCCGCUUGCCACUGCUUAAGCAGAUACUGGAAGAGACAAUACAGACAUUACAUGUGACCAAAAAGGAACUCGAGUCCCAGGAGUCUGGCAGCCUAGCUGCCAUGGAGGAGGCUGCCUUACUACGUGCUCUGGUGCACUCACCACUGUUCAGCAGCCUCGAUGGGUUCCGCCUGCACAACCUCCGAGAGCUGCUCUGUGGGAUUUUCCCUCAUGCUAGCCUAGUGCUGGCAGAGCCUAUAUCCCGUAGGCUGAUGAAGUCACUGAUUAUAGAGGAACUGCAACAGGUAGAUCUGCAUCCAAGCCCUGACCUUAUGGGGUCCCUGGAGCAGCUCAGUGAGGCCCUCAGUCGAGCUUCAGGCAUUCUGCUCCUGGGUCCUGCAGGGAGUGGCAAAACGACUUGUUGGCACAGCUUAUUUAAGAUCCAGAAUCGGCUGGCAGCUAUGGACAAAAUCUCAGCCCAGAGAUCCCAGCCUGUGGAAAUCACUCAUAUGUAUCCCAGUGUGCUCAGCUCUCAGGAAUUCCUGGGAUGGCUAGAAGGCUCCUAUUGGCACUGUGGUAUCUUUCCCAGGUUACUUCGCACAGCCCCUCAUUGUAAAAGAGUGAGCCCAAGGGAACAGACUGAGGAAUCGACGGGGAUCCAGUAUUGGGUAGUAUGUGAUGGGGCCCCCAGUGCUGUUUGGCUGGACUCCAUCACUUGCCUUCUGAGUGACCCCCCUCAAGUUAGUCUCCCCAAUGGACAGCAGAUAGCACGACCCCCAGGUACCUUUUUUUUGAUGGAGGUGGCAGAUGCAACAUGUAUAUCCCCAACAUUGGUAGGCCAUUGUGCUCUAGUCUGGUGCGGGGGGGAGCAGACCUGGCAGAGUAUGUUCAACGUUCUGAUGGCAUCCAUUCCCCGUGAGUACCGCCUGCUACCCCAUACCGUCAUUGAGCUUGAUCAACUGGCUGACAGUCUGGUGCCUGCAACAUUCCGAUUCCUCAUUCGCAAGGGUGCUAGUUCUCUGCUGCAGGUACAUGGGCAUCAGGCUGUUUGCCCAGGAGUGGCUGAAAUCACCAACUUGAGCCGCAUCUUGCAUGGUCUGCUUGAUGCCCAUCUUGGCCUAGAUGAGAAGGAGAUGGCACCUGAUCCAGACGACUUCACCUUCAUCUCUUCAAAAAGCACCUCUCCAAACUGGCCCAAGGUUGACAGCGAAGCUGUGCCAAAUAAGGACAGGGAGCAUUUGCUUGUUAUCAGUAGCUUUCUUUUUGCCGUGAUUUGGGGCUUUGGAGCCCACCUUCCUUCCAGGUUUUGGCCCUUAUUUGAUACCUUCAUAAAGAAUUCCAUCAGUUCGCUCUCCAACUAUCCUGGGCUACCACCUGCAACUUUAGUGUUUGAGCUACAUGUGAACCCUGAAGAUGGGACACUGGUCCCCUUCACUGGCCAAUAUCUAAGCAGCUACAUCAAGGGAUCACUGGGUAUCUUCCACCCCUCUACGCAGACUGAACGGCUCUUGUAUGUGGUAGACCUGCUUUUGUCAAGGGGACAACCAGUGCUGCUGGCUGGAGAGGAAGCAACCGGGAAGUCAGCCUUUGUGGAGGCGCUAGUGGAGCCAAAUCAUCCUUACAUAGACAGCCGGGUCCACCCUGCCCUUCAUUCUACCCACUUUCGCCUCCUGCUAAGCAGAGGAGUCCAGGACCAAACACAAGCCAGUUCAUGGUCUACACGUCACCAGGAUUCCGAAGGCUCCCUCCUCUUCCUGCUGGAGGAUUUGCACUUGGCUACUUCUGAUGCGGAGAAGAGCUGCCAGCCAGUGUUGGAGGCGUUGCGACAAGCCAUGGAUGGCACCGUGUAUGCCCACAGCACACUGGAACUGCAGACACUGCAGCCUAUAGUCAACUUUCUGGCCACUGCCACAGUGCCAGGAGGCUCUGAGCGCCCUCUGUGUCCCCGCCUUUGUCGACUCUUCACAGUGCUGGCAUUAGGCAGUGUGACACAGGCUACUCUGAUGAGCAGGCACACACCUAGCAUCCAGGCCUGGCUUGAGCGGUUUCCCUCUGUGGAACAAGUGGGUAUUCUGGGGAAAGCUCUGGUGCAGGCCUCGGUGGAUGCCUGGGAGGCUGUGUGCCACUGCUUCCUGCCUUCACCUCUCCACCCGCACUACCGUUUUUCCCUGCAUUCUGUGAGCCAACUUCUGGGAAGCCUGCAGCUACUGCCAACCAGAGGGAGCUCACAAGUUUUUGAAGACUAUUUCUAUGACAAGGAGCACUUGUACCGGGUGUCAGGGUUGCAGGGCAGUUGCCUCACUAUUAUGAUGAGCUUGCGCUAUGUGGUUCGCCUCUGGUUGCAUGAAGCACAGAGAACUUUUUGUGAUCGGCUGGACAGCCCCAGGGAACGCUCCUAUUGUGCCAAGCUGCUCCUAGAAGUAGCUCAAAGAGUCUUCUGCCAUGGGCCAGGGCCCCAGCUCUUGGUCAGGGACUAUGAGGGAGAAGAGGAGGAGGAGGAAAAUGUACCUGAAGUAGAAUCUGAGGGAGAGUUGGCCCAGUGGGAAGACUUAAGCAACAGCAACAGUGAAACAGAGGAGGAAGAGGACCCUUAUGGCCUCCAGGCCACCACAAGCUCAUUUUCCAGUGAUCCAAGUGUAGCACCAUCCAUAAAGAGAGUCAGCAGGGAGACCACAGAAAGCAUAAGUCACAAGACAGAGCAAAGAGAAGGCACAAGGGCUUCCAGCUGUAAGCUCCAGUCAAAGGAAUUCAACACUUUGCAGAAAGCAACUCAGGUGGACAUGGUCGCACCCCUGUUGCUACCAGUACUACUACUCCGUCCCAAGGAAAAACCAUCAGAUCUGGUCUUCUGUCAGGAGCUGACACUUGGGUCCAGUUCUGAGGGCCCCAAUUUGUAUCUAGAACGACAGUGGGGAAGGUUGGAAAAGCAGCUGGCCACUUUAGCUGCUCAGCUGAGACUGAGUCCCCACCUUGUCCAGAGCCGCCCCAUGGCCCAGCACGUCGCCCGCCUGGUCCGGGUGCUGGCCAGGCCCCAGCAGCAUGGCCUAUUGCUGUCAGGAGCUCCGGCGACUGGGCGUCGUGUUGCUGUUACUCUGGCUGCUAGUGUUUGUCAGGCCCGCCUCUUCCAUCUGCCAACUGGGCCUGAGGAGGCCAUUCUCCAGUGUCUACGAGAUGCCAGCUGGGAUGCUGGAAUAUUAAGCCACCCAGUGGCCCUGCUGGUACCCAAGACUGUGAAUCUCACUACUCUUUAUCGGCUGGUGGCCCUGGCAACUGUAGGCAGUUUCCCUGACCAGUACACAGAGGCAGAUCUGGACAACAUCGAGGCACAUUUCCCCAGGGAUAACCUUGUUAAUAAAUGUAACAUUAAGAAGGAAAUGGUGUUGCAAAGGUUCUAUCGGCAAGUAUGUAGCCACUUGCACAUGUUUUUCCUGGUUGGAGAUGACCAGGCCCAAAACAAGCUGCCCUGCACCAUUUUCCUGAGGCUCCUUCAACUGGCCACUGCCAGCAUUGACCGCUAUGAACCUUGGGACCAAGCUUCCCUGGUGAGAGUGGCCCAGUACCACCUGGAGGGUGCUCAAAGCCUACCCCUUGAUGAUGGACCCUUCAAGUGUCCAGACCUCCAGGCCUCAAUUCCUAGUGUGGCUAAAGCCAUGGCUCUCAUUCAUCUUUCUGCUGCCUACUACCAUGAGCACUUGUGCCCUGUGUUGCCACUUGUCACCCCCAAGACCUUCUUAGAUUUCCUGGAUACCUUCCUGCUGCUUCAACAAAAGAUGAUCCUGCAGAUAAAGAAUAGAGCCAAGAGGAUCCAGAAUGCACUGGAGAAUCUGAAGAGUCUACUUGAGCAGCACAGUGUCCAGACCAACCUUGUCAUCAACUUGGAGCAGCAACUGAAAGACUCCCACAUGAAACUCACCCUAACUCAACAACAGCUAGAGCAGGGCAAGCUCCUGCACAAGCAGCUGUUGGCAGAGUGUCGGCAUCAGGAGAACCUCACUGAGAACCUGACCAAGCAUCGGGAUGCCCUCCAGGCUCAGUAUGAGGCUUUUCUCAAGCAGAUGGGCAAAGCAUUUCUGGGUCCUCUGAGCCAGCUGAAGGUGACUGACUUUGAAGAGAUACGGAGCUAUCGAGCACCACCAGAAUCUGUAGUACGGGUGACUGAUACACUGUGUGACCUGUUUCACCGUGAAACUGGCUGGGCCAGUGCCAAGCAGCUUUUAUGCACUGAAGAUUUUUAUCAGGAGCUGGUAUUCUUCCCCAAGGAGAAGAUGACUGACACAGAGCUGAUAAAGUUGAACGAUGCUCUGAAGUCUCUGGGUAUGAAUAACAGAGCCCUGCGGGCAGUUAGCGUGCCUGCAGCAAACCUGGCGGCCUGGCUCUGGGCCGUUCUGCGCUACGGGCUGGCACAGCGUCGGGGACUGCCCACAGGCCUACUGCUGCGGCAGGUGGAUGAAAUCCUGACUCGGGAGCAGGCCCGCUUAGGCCACUACCAGUUGCAGGCCCAGGAGAAGCUGGAGGAUAUUUUGACCCUGACUAAGAAGGUACAGGAGGCCUAUGUUACCUACAACCAUAUGCUGGGGGCGCUGGCUAUAGCACAGCGUGGCCAUUAUAAAAAAUGGCCUGUGAAGCCUGCACUAAUCACACCCAUGCACACUUGGACUACAGAGCUCCAGAAUUUAAGCGGACACAGCAUGACCGUGUUUGGAGAUGCUCUUGUGUGUUCAGCUGCUAUUGUCUACCUGGGUCCCUUCCCGCCACCACGGCGCCUGGAGCUCCUAGACAAGUGGCUGGCCCUGUGCAGGGGUUUUCAGGAGCCUCUAGGCCCAGAUGACGUGGCACAGGCACUGAAGCAAAAGCAGAAGCCUAUCAUCAUGCCACCAAAGAACCCCCUGCUGCCCACACGCUUUCCCUUCAGUGUUCUGUCCUUGCUGAGCUGUAGUUCUGAACAGCACCAGUGGGACCGAGACUUGAAACCCCAGGUGAAGUCCGCUCGCCUGGCAGGUCUGCUCCUGCGAAGCUGCACCCACUACCAUAGUUGCCGUUGGCCCCUGCUGCUUGACCCCAGCAACCAGGCCCUCAACUGGCUGAGCCCACUGCCUUUGGAAGAGAACAGGUUGUUGAUGUCAGCCCCUACUGAUGGCAGAGGGCAGGGCCUCAUGGGGAAUGCAAACAAAGAGAAUAAACAGGAACCCACGGGAGGAAAAGAUGCAAGCAUAGAGAGAAAUGAGGCUGAAGAGCAGACCCCAGAGCAGAAGGCAGAAGAACAGGAAAACCAAGAGGAGGAAGAGCAAGAAGGGGAAGAGGAAGAAGAGAAAGAGAUGAAAGAGAAUGAGUUGGAGAGUCAGGAGUCAAAAGUAGCCCUCGAGGCACAGUCUUCUCCUCUUCUCUGCCUUACUGUGCUCUCAGGCACUGACCCAAAGCUAGGUGCUCAGCUUUGUGAGGCAGCUGCCAAUGGCCAGCCUGUGCUCCUAACUAAUGUGGAGCUGGGCCUAGGAUGCCAAGAACUGCAGUGGCUGCUGCAUCGGGAACAGCUAAUGCCACCCCACGUGCAGCCUGGCUUCUGUCUCUAUCUGAGCACAACCCUACCCCUCCAUGCCCUGCAAAAAGUGCUAGGUUGUGAACUGUUGAAGGGGCUGAAUGUCUUGGACCUGGGUCUUAACUUGGAAAUACUAGAAGACCAGAUGCUACAUGAAGUCAUGCACAGAGAGUGUCCUGAGCUCGAGAUCCGCUGGGAAAACCUAAAGACCAGCACCCUGGAUGCCUGUGGAGCCAUAGAGGCUGCUGAGGAAAAGUUGCUGACAAUGCUGUUGUCUAAGGAUGAGAACUCUAAGGAUGAGAAACCCGCCAAGUUUCUACGGCACAUUGUGAGAAUCCAGGCAAAGAUCUGUCAGAUGCAGACCUAUUGUGAGGAACUAAAAGAACAGAAGCUGCAGGAGGUGGUAUUGUGGGUACCCUACCAGCAGGUGGUUUGGCAAGGAAUAGCCAUAGUAAAGGCCCUAAGCACACUACAGAACUCGCUGCCAUUUUUCCAUAUGACUGCAGAAAACUGGCUGGCAGUAACCAGGCAGGCUCUGGAUAGCAUGAAGCCGCGUGAUGUCCAGCACAGGGAGGAUCUGGCCAGCCAUCUGCUGCAGCUAAAAGCACACCUGACCCGCCAGCUGCUGGGCAGCACCUUGACUGCACUGGGACUAACCCAAGUGCCCUUGGUGGGUGCUUUGGGUGCUUUGGCUCUGUUGCAAGUGACAGAGAAAGCACCAAAGCUGGAGAGGCUGGCACUCUACCCUGGACUGCCAGCCUCUCCCAGCACAGGCUACCAGAAGUCAGACCCAAGCGUGGUUCGGCCAGCCUGGCUCACACCAAGAAUCUGGCAUGAAUGUGGGACAUUAGAACUAUUGCCCCCAUUUGCUGGGCUACGUGCAUCCCUGGCAGACCACUCCAGUGUUUGGCAGGAUUAUCUAUCACUGAACUCCACAGUUCUGGGGCCUGCACCUGGGCCCACCUCUGAGCCACUCAGCUUCCUCCAGAAGUUGAUCCUGUGGCGUGUGCUACAACCCAAGAGCCUAGCAAGUGCCCUGGCAGACCUUACCACCAGCCUCCUGGGCCGGCCUCUGGAUGAGAAUCUGAGUAUCCUCACCUUGCCCUUUGAACGAAGUCAGGCUACUCAGCCCAUACUGAUCUUGUUACCACCACCUGGCCACCCCACAGCCAACCUACAUCCUCUGACUGUCAUCGAGAAACUGGCUGCCACACAUAAGCAGGAGCAAAAAUAUCUGCGGGUGAUAGCCCUGGGCUCGGAGGCCUGGAACCCAGUCUCAGAUGUGGUCAGCACCCUACACCAGGCCAUGCUGGAGGGGCACUGGUUGGUGCUAGAUAACUGUCAUCUGAUGUCCCAUUGGCCAAGAGAGCUACUACAGCCCUUACUGGGGCUGCUGGAUGGAGCUAAAGUGGUCUCGGACAACGAAGUGCCACUGCUUUUAGCUGAAGUGGAAAGCAGGAAUGUGGUCACCGUCCAUAGAGAUUUCCGCCUUUGGCUUAUUGCAUCUGCAGAGGCCAGUGCUUCUUUGCCAGCUGUGCUGAGUCAGCACUCCAUGCCUGUUUUCUGGGACCAGUCCCUGGAACUGGGCCACACCUUGAUCCACAGUCUGGAGCUGGCCCAGCAAGAAGUCCACAUGCAGUCCCCUACCCAGGCACUGCCUCUGCUGCUCCUGCAUGGGCUCCUGCUGCACAGGCAGCUCUAUGGAAUGAGGCUGCAGGCACACCGGGGGCGUUGGACUCAUAUGACCCUGACCCAUGCCCUGGAGACCCAAGCACAGCUGUCAGCCAGUCUCAGCAAUCCAGGCACAGCCAUGCAAGAGCUGGCUGCUUCAGUUUUCUAUGGGGGAUCUCUGGGGGACAUCAAGGACAGAGAGGCCCUAACUAGCCUCACCCAGGCCUGCUUGCGACCCAGCAGCCAGAGCCGGGUUCAACCACACACACCUCGGUAUCUGCUGGCCACCCUGAUGCCCAGCCCAGAGCUGGGGAAGCUGGAUGCUAUCGCAGAAUGUGAGGCCCAGAUGCACCUACUGCAUACACCGUCUGAACCCAGGAUCUGUGGACUGAGUGAAGGCCCCCAGGCCUGGCUGUUGCGACGCAGGAGUCGUGCUCUCCUGAGCGUGCUCCAGCGGAGUUCCUCCUCCUGGGUUCCUGCGGCUCGAACAGGCUCCAGGCGCACUGAGAGACGGCUGCAGCAGCGCAUAGUGCAAGUCCAGCAGAAUCUGGAGUCAUUGCAGGCCGCGCUCAACAACCACACUCGACGAGACCAGGCUUUUGCGUUGCGGGGGCGCGGCACUAGGCGGCCUCUAGAGGACUUCCUAAAGACCGAAGCGUUGGAACUGAGUCAGCUGGUGGGCACGCUGCAGCGCGACCUUGACUGUCAGUUGCGGCAGCUGCAGGGUGAGCCUCCUUGCCCCUCCCACCGCUGUAAGGCGGUGGCCCACGCUCUUUGGAGCGGCCGCCUACCGGUGCCUUGGCGGCCCCAUGCGCCCUCCGGUCCGCAGCCGCCCUGGCAAUGGCUGCGGCAGCUGUCGUGCCGUGGGCAGCUGUUGGUUAGUUACCUGGGCGCGAACACAGGCACUGAAGUAUCGGAGCGCAUCUUUCACCUGUCAGCCUUUCGCCACCCGCGCCGUCUGCUGCUGGCACUGCGUUGGGAGGCUGCCUUGGAGCAGCGCGUGUCCAGCUCGAAAUUUCCUGGCAGCCAAGGCCCCAGCAGCCGUCAUCUCCCGAAUAAACGUCGGGAACUGAGCAGCGGCCCUCUGCACCUCCAGGUGGAGAAUGGCCCCAGUCCCAAGGUUCCAGAGAUGGGGCUGCUGCUGAUAGGGCUGCAGCUCCUGCACGCCAAGUGGGACCCGGUAGCUGGGGCCGUGCAGGACAGCUCAUCCAGCCAGCCCAGCCCUCUGCCUCCUGUCAGCGUCAGCGCCGGAACCCAUCGCGCCAGUGCCGGGCCAAGAGCCGCUGGUCUGGUUGUGUAUUCUUGUCCUGUGUACCUGGCAGGGCCCCUUGGCACCGCUAAGCUGCACAGCAGGAACAUCCUGAUGCAUAUUCCUCUACCCACGAAACUCAGCCUUGCCACCUGUAUCCAGCGGAGAGUCCAUGUGUGCAGCCCACCAUUGCCCUGAGCUCUAAAUAAAAUGGUUGUGAUCCCA